AUGUACCAUGCUUUAAAUCCUUCCUUGGAGUUAAAAGUUCCUCCUCCCCCGUCCACCCCUCCGCGACUGUAUUCAGAUCCAGUCGCCCAAUUAUCCGUGACUGCCUUGACUCAGACCCCGCAAUCUGCCUCUGCUAAGACGCCGCAAUCCGCAUCUACUAAAACGCCGCGAUCCUCCCGGCGCAAGCGUGAGUCCUCGGCCGGCGUCGAAGGGGAAGACUAUGUUCCAUGCAACGGGAUAACCCUCAGAGGUCAAAAGUGCACGAGGAAAGUCAAGAGAAGUUUAUACCAGGAUGUGGCUUUUUGCUAUCAGCACUCGGACACGCUGCUUGAGCGAGUGAAAUUCACAAGUCCAAAGACGGGAGAAUCUGUUAGAUUUCAAGAUUGGAUCCCGGACUAUCUUCACCGUUCGACGCAAAUCAGCCUUCGUGCAGAGAUGACCAAGACUCGCUCGGACAGCGACGAAGAUGGCUACAUCUAUGCUUAUGAAAUAGAAAAGCUUGGUUUGGAUUCCAACCAAAUUCACAUCAAAGUCGGACGUACGACAGUCUUAAACAAUCGCAUUGACCAAUGGAACAAGCAGUGCAACUCCACAGAGCCGAACCUACUUGGAUGGUGGCCAGAUGGCACACAUUCUGAUACCGUCAUACGUUUGAUGGCGGGGCGAGUGGAAGCGGGUCGAAAAGGUGCAUUGUGCCACCGCCUUGAGCGACUUGUGCACAUCGAGCUCUUCGAUCUGGCCGCUCGCAACCUGCAUCUGGACCCCGCUUUCCCUGGCGAUGUCGACCCCGAUAAAAUCGAUGACAGUGACUUUUUCAAUAGAAGCCGCAAGACAUGUAUCGACUGUGGUAGAGUCCACAAAGAGAUCUUCUCCUUUGCGCGAGCGCAGGACGGACCGUACAAGAGGAAGGAAUGGGACCUUAUCGUUAAGCCAGUGAUCGAGAAAUGGGGAAGUUUCGUGGAACAGUUCGUGUGA